AUGGCGGAUGCAGUUGUCUCAUUUGUGGUGAACAAGCUUGGAGACUAUCUUGGAGACUAUCUGAGACAAGCAUCAGCUUUCUUAGAAGUGAGAAGUGAAGUGGAGUCGCUGAAAAAAGAUAUGGAAUGGAUGCUUGGUUUCGUGAAGGAUGCUGAAGAUAAACAAGUCGACAACUCUUUGGUACGCCUAUGGGUAUCUGAAAUCAAAGAUAUUGCUUAUGAAUCUGAAGAUGUCCUUGAUGAAUUUAUGCUCAAAGUCCGAGAUGGAGGGAUCGCUCCAGAGAUGCUCAAAGUGGAAGAAGAAGCGUCUUCUAAUAAAAGGCAAAAGAUCAUAACUUCAAUAAAAAAGUCAAUUGCUAAAUCUUCUCGCAAGGCCAAGGAGACGGUGACUAUGUACAACAUAGGCAAGGAGAUUGAAGCUCUGAAAAAGAGACUUAGUGACGUUUCUCGUAGACGUGCAUUUUAUGGCCUUAGAAACAUCAAUAUCAAGACGGACGAAGAGAAUCAUGCUCUUAGAAGAAUAAAGCAGCUGAGAAAAACCACCUCCUUUUCGUUAGAAGAGAAAGUUGUUGGCUACGAGGACGAGACCAACGAACUGUUGGCUAAACUACUUGCCGAUGAGCCAAGGCGUUGGGUGAUCUCUAUUUGGGGCACUGGUGGCUUGGGUAAGACAACUCUUGCUGGAAAACUUUACAAAAACAGUGAAAUAAAAAAAAAAUUUCGUUGUGCUUGGGUUUCUGUAUCUCAGGAUUACAACAAUGAAGAUCUUCUUCGAAGGAUUAUAAAAUCUUUUGCUUUUUCUGCGAAGGAAUUGGAUAGAAUGAGUGAAGAAGACUUGGAGAGGUAUCUUCAUAAAUGUUUGCAAAAAUACUCGUACUUGUUGGUAAUUGACGAUGUAUGGCACAAAGAAGCAUGGGCAAGCCUCAAAAGAGCCUUUCCAGACAAUAAGAUGGGUAGCAGAGUAAUUAUUACCACUCGAUACAAAGAUGUUGCAGAGCGUUCAGAUGAAAGAACUCAUGUACAUGAACUUCGAUUUUUAAAGCCAGAUGAGAGUUGGCAGUUAUUCUGUGAGAAGACCUUCUGGAAUUUAAAUAUAGAUAAAGGAUUGGAGAAGUUAGGAAGAGAAAUGGUAGAAAAAUGUCGCGGUCUACCACUAGCCAUUGUGGUAUUAGGUGGUUUACUGUCAACAAAGAAGCCACAAGAGUGGCAUUCGGUGCGUGAUAAUAUCUGGCAAAAUUUAAGUAAGGAUUCCUUGGAUAUCACGUAUUUAUUCUCUUUAAGCUUCAAAGAUUUGCCCUAUCAAUUGAAGUUAUGCUUUCUCUACCUAAGCCAUUUUCCAGAAGACUCCGAAAUUAAUACAGAUAAAUUAACCCGAUUGUGGGUGGCUGACGGUUACAUACCGCAUGAUGAAGAAACAAUGGAAGAUGUUGCUUACAGUUACUUGUAUGAGUUGAUUAACAGGAGCCUUGUUCACAAGGAAAAAAUGCGGUUGAGGACAGUUAUGACGUGUCGAGUUCAUGAUCUUUUAAGGGAUUUUGCAAUUCAAAAGGGCAAAAGAGCUCAACUUGAUUCAGAUUUAUGAUGAAAUCAGAAGCUCAGCCGGCUCUUCAAAGCUAUUACGCCGAC